CUGAUUUUGAUAGAAGUUGUAUUUUUUCGCUAAUUUUUUUACAACAUGGAUUCCUCGAGCGAGAACAAAGAAGACUUCGACAGUCUGAAAGAAAGUUGCCAACGCCUGAAAGAAGAACUCGACAACACUAAAUGCGAAUUAUUCGAAUGCAAAAGCACGCUCAAAGUGUUGACGUCCAUGCAGGACGAUUACAAGAAGGAAAUAGAUCAAUUAGAAUCCAACGAGAUCGUGCAGAAACAGAAAUUCCAAGAGGUCAUCAAGCAUUUGGAGCAAAGCAUAAUCGACAUUAAGGAAAAGUUCAGCGAUGACAAUUUGACGUUGAACAAAGUUAUUAGCAGCAUGGAGGAGCUAAGGGCCAAAGUAACGUCCGAAGAUUGGAAUAAUAAUCCUAUUAGCUUCGCCGGCGAUACUGGUGCUUACAUAAAAGGACUACUCGCGGAGUCAGAGUCUAAUUAUUAUGAAGGUUUGAACGAAGGAGAUUACGUAGACAACUAUUCUUAAAUCAGAGUAAAUUUCUCGUG